AUGUCUUCGACCACCUCUGACGAAUCUAAUGAAAAUGAACAAUCCGAGAAACAGCAAAGAUUUCCUGCAAUUCUUAUAAUUGGUGAAGUUGGUGUGGGAAAAAGUACCGUAGCUAAUAUGAUUGCUGGCAAAUAUCGUGAUGGUGGUCCAUUUACGAAAUCAGAUGAAGUUCAACCUUAUCCAGUUACAAUAAAUGGAAUAAAUUAUAUUUUAAUUGAUACUCCGGGUUUAAUUCUAUCAGAAGAUCAGGAUCAAUCAAGUAUUGAUAUUAUAUCACAGAUUGAUGAACUAAUUCAAAGUAUUGAUCAGUACCUUGAAAUUGUUUCAAUUAUAUUAGUAUUAGAUUCAAACAGAAUGUCUAAAACUCAGAAACAAAAUUUUCGUCAAAUUGUAACUGCCUAUUUGAACAUUAUAAUAAUAGUAUUCACAAAAGGUACAUACAAUCAAACAACUUCAAGGCAAUACAUGGAAACAACUUUUAAUACUGAAUUAAGAGGAACAGUUGGUAAACGUGGCAUAAUUUCUGGUCGUUGGAUAAUUGGUUUAAAUAAAUUUGAUUUAGAACGUGGUUAUAUUUGUGGAAUGCAUAAGAGAUCUUUUACUGAAGUUAUUAUAGGUUUUUUUUUAUUCUUAACCGCUUCUACUCUUGGUUUAUCUUAUAUACUUUAUUAUGAUGUUAUUGAUAAUUCUCCUUAUAGAUGGGUAUAUGGUGGAUUUGGUAUUGCUUUUACUGUAUUGUUCUUUCUUUUUGUUUUAUGUGUUUAUUGCAUUAGAAUUAAUCAGGUUCAUGGAAUUUAA